AUGGCGGCCACCGUUGCGCACGCGAAUCACGUACCAAAUCAGGUCGGACGAGGAGGUCUCUCCAAGAUGAUGAGUGGCGGCGGCGGUGGCGGUAAUAGCAACGGCAACGGUCAUGGGCAGCAACAACAGCAGCUGCUGCAGCUCCAACACGCUGACGCUGGAGUUGGCCCCGUCGCAAACCGGAGAUUAACGCCCCAGGACUUUCACGUCGUACGAACACUCGGCACGGGUACCUUUGCCAGAGUCUGUCUCGUAAGGCCGGUCAAUGCGACCGAGGAAGAGCGAGAUACCGUGUUUGCCCUCAAGAUCUUGCGCAAGACAGAGGUCAUCAAGCUCAAACAGAUCGACCACGUCCGCCACGAGCGCAUGAUUCUCGGCGACGUUGCUGGCCACCCCUUUAUCACGAACCUCGUCUCAUCCUUCGCCGACCGUGACCACCUGUACAUGCUGCUCGAUUACGUCCCCGGCGGCGAGCUGUUUAGCUACUUGCGCAAGUUCCGGCGGUUCGAGGAGGACACGGCGCGCUUCUACGCAGCAGAGAUCGUCCUGGUGCUCGAGUACCUGCACGAACAACAGAACAGGGUCGCCUACCGCGACCUCAAGCCCGAGAACCUCCUGCUGGACGGCGAGGGUCACAUCAAGCUGGUCGACUUUGGCUUCGCAAAGAGGCUGAGCAACAGCGCCGGCCAGCCCAUCGAGACGUACACCCUCUGCGGCACCCCCGAGUACCUCGCCCCCGAAGUGAUCCAUAACAAGGGCCACACGACGGCGGUGGACUGGUGGGCACUCGGCAUCCUGAUUUACGAGUUUCUGACGGGCUACCCGCCAUUCUGGCACCAGAACCCCAUCGAGAUCUACAAGCAAAUCGUCGAGAAGCCCGUCAUGUUCCCGCACGACCCGCCAGUCUCGGCCGAGGCGCAAGACUUGAUCCGAUCCCUUUGCACGGUGGACAGAUCUCGGCGACUCGGUAACGUCAGCGGAGGAGCCGCCAAGGUCAAAGAACAUGCCUUUUUCCGGGGCGUCAACUGGGACGACAUAUACAAUCGGCGAGCACGAGGUCCCAUCAUCCCGCCGAUUCGGUAUCCCGGCGACGCGCAAUGUUUCGACAUUUACCCCGAGGACGACGGCAAGCGGGAACCAUACACGGACGACAUGGUCGAGAAAUACGAUCACUAUUUCAAGGACUUUUGA